AUGCGAGAUAAUUCAUGGCCAGAAUACCUUAGUCACUCAUCGCUUCUCUUCGCGAAGACCUCCUCGUCACACGCCUACCUGAGGUCUUCAAUACACGGCAUCCUUCAAGAAUCCUCUCUUCCUCACUCCAACUAUCAUCAACUGCAAACUCAUGACAAGUUCCUGGACGACGAAUCCAAGAUCUUGUUCAUUCUGUCAUACAUGCAAGACGGAUUAGCUGGAGUGUGGGCCCAGAACUAUAUGGACCAUCACACUGAUGGCGGCCGACUCAGAGUCGGGACAUAUACCGACUUUAGCAACGAGCUCGACCAGGCCUUUUUGGAUCCGAAUGAGGAUGAGUUUUUCAUCGAGUUUGACCGUCUUUUGCGAGAUGCGGGAGGGCGGAGCGACGAUUCUAAGAUUUGGAUGCUGAAAAGGGCGCUCAAUCCUGGUCUCGUCCGAAAGAUCAAUUUGAAUCUCAAUGGUCCGCCGGCGACGUAUCAAGGCUGGAAGGAAACGGCCCUGGAUCGCGAUGCCAGGUACUGGCAUGUACGGAUCUUGCGGGGAAUGCAACAAGAUGGGAGUAGUGGGAAGGAGUCAUCCCGAGAAGGAUCGGUUGCUGAUAGGGAAGACACGACUGAUGGAGGAGAACACGGCCACUUGGCGCGUAACUGCCCGAACAAGCGCUAG